GUACUCAACAUUGUAAUAAAUUAGAACAUUAGUACCUGAUUUUGCAACAAAAACUAUUAGCUCCCGACAUUGAAAUUUGGCAGAAACCACAAGCAACAACGGUGUAGUUUUUUCUAGCGAAAACGAUUGUAUAUUAUAUUUCCUAACAAAUUGUUUGAAAAUACGAGGUUUUAUUGGCUAUAAAUAACGGGGUUUAAAGGUGGAAGAGAAGCAUUUAUUGAGAAAGGAGAAAUGUCGCCAUUGAACUCUCUGGUCUUGAUUCUAUAUUCUUUCUCUCUUUUCUUUCUUUUGGCUGUUGCAAGAAAAGAGUUUGUUGUAGAGUCAAGUGAUGAAGAACCACAACAUUAUCAUACCCUCAAACUAAGCUCUUUCUUACCAUCUUCUAUGUGCAACCCCUCUACUAAAGGUGACAAGAAAAGGGGAUCACUGGAAGUAGUUCACAAACAUGGACCAUGUUCUAAGUUUAGUAAAGACAUGUUGACUGUGGAAGAAAUCCAAACCCAAGAUCAAUCAAGAGUUGACUCACUGAGGGCUAGGUUAACAAUCAACACAGGUAAACACAACACACUAGACUCCAAGACCACCCUCCCUGCAAAAUCCGGUAUAACUAUUGGAAGCGGUAACUAUUUUGUAACAGUUGGAUUAGGCACCCCGAAAAAAGACCUUUCACUCGUUUUCGACACUGGGAGCGACCUAACUUGGACCCAGUGCGAGCCAUGUGAGGUGUCUUGCUAUAGUCAACAAGAACCCAUAUUUGCACCCUCAAUGUCAACCACCUAUACCAACAUUUCAUGCACCUCAACUGAGUGCUCAUGGCUCACUUCUGCAACGGGUUAUCUGCCUAGUUGCGUCUCAUCUACAUGCGCCUACGCCAUCCAAUAUGGGGAUCGAUCAUUCUCGCUUGGCUACUUUGGAAAAGACAAACUUACAAUUACUUCGGAAGAUACGAUUAAUGAUUUUUAUUUCGGAUGUGGCCAAGACAACGAAGGACUCUUUCGUGGUGUGGCUGGGCUACUAGGACUCGGUCAAGACAAGCUUUCUCUUCUGUCACAGGCAGCUAGCAAACAUGGGAAAGUUUUUUCGUAUUGUCUCCCCUCACAGUCUAGCUCUGUCGGUUACUUAACGCUUGGAAAUGAUGGAACUGCUAGCAAUGCUAAGUACACACCAUUCUCCACAGUAGGGAACUCUUUAUAUGGUCUAGAACUUUUAGCCAUGUAUGUUGCAGGAACCAAGCUAACAAUAAGUCCAACGGUGUUUAAGACAUCAGGUAUGAUCAUAGACUCAGGAACCGUGAUCACUAGGCUCCCUCCUACCGCCUACUCGGCUCUAAGGGACAAAUUUAGGGAAGGAAUGUCGGAAUACCCGUUGACUAACCCAUUAGACAUAUUUGAUACAUGUUAUGAUCUAAGCAAUUUUCAGACAAUUCGUUUUCCAAAGAUUGGUGUGCUUUGGGGUGGUAACACAUAUGUGGAUGUUCCAGCUUCAGGAACAUUUUAUGUAAAUGGUAUUAGUCAAGUGUGCUUAGCAUUCACGUCGAAUGGCGAUGAUUCUAAUAUUGGUAUAUGGGGGAAUACUCAGCAAAAGACACAGGUUAUUGUGUAUGAUGUGGGUGCUAGAAAGAUCGGGUUUGCUUCAGGAGGAUGUGCUUGAAUACAAAUGAAUUACAUUGGCACAUGGUUAUGAAGGGUUCUAUGAUGAAUGGAGUUUAUGGAAAUAAGGUAUAUAUGGAUGUAGCCUUUGUUGAUUAUCACUAUUUUAUGUUGGGAUUUCUAUAACUAAAUGUAAAUUGAUUGCUUUUGAAUUCAGUGCAUCAUAUAUGGUAUGCAAACAUGUAGACUAUAUAUUUAUGUUUGAUUCAUAGAGAACACAAUAGAAGUCUCGAAAGUGUGUAUACCCAAAUUCCUAUUGUAUCACGGAUUCGAACUGUAUAAUAUAUAUGAUCAAAUAUAUAUGGUUUACCUA